AAGCUUUAGCUUAAAUGUUAAUAAAUAGUUCAAGUUUAUCUAAAGGCAAUUAACUGGGGAAUGUAAGAACAGAUAGACGAAUAUAAAAACUUGACUCCAGGCCUAAAUGUCUGUAGACCAUGUUAAAACUCCUCUUUGGACUAUCACUGCUCUAUGAGCUGCAUGGAAACUCCUUGGCUUUUCGGCUGGGUAAAAUCUUUGGAGGAAAUACAACGCAAGUAAAAAAUUACUCCUUCCUGGUUAAUCUUCGACGUGGAGGUAAUUUCCGAUGCGGUGGUGUUAUAAUCUCGCCAAGCUGUGUUCUCACAGCGGCUCACUGUUUGGAAGGACGGCAUCAACACCUCCAGGAUUUAACUGUUCAUGCCCAACAACAGUGUUUGGGGGAUGAGACGCCGCCGGAGCAUGUGCGUUCGGCCUGGUAUGUCGGCAUAUCAACACAUUACUGUCGUCAGCGGGGUCUGGACUCCGAUCUGGCUGUGAUCCGAUUGAAACGCGCAUUUGACAUCUCCGGUAAUGCUAGUUUUGUCAAGAUAGACUUUAAUGAUCUGCCACGUCGGGCCAAUCUCACGGUGAUGGGCUGGGGAGCGAUUAACGAGCAAGGUCACAACUGGAAUCAAUGUCUGCAAGAAGCCAAAGUUCAGCUCAUCUCGCAGAAACAUUGCAUGAAAAUAAUGAAUUCAGGCCAGCAACAAGUUACGAAUAACAUGUUUUGUGCUCUGGGGGAAAAUUCUAAGGAUGCUUGCCAAGGCGACUCCGGAGGUCCCAUAAUGCACGACGACCGAUCUGUGGGCAUAGUAUCCUGGGGCUAUGGGUGUGGCAGUGGUUAUCCAGGGGUAUACACCCGCCUCAGCAGUCCAUCGAUUACGUACUGGUUGAAGAGCUUCAUUGAGCGGCAUUGCUGAUAAUCUAUCACUAAUUUUGUAAAACCUUUAACCCAAUAAAAAUGGCUUAUAAUGCAGUUGCACUGUGA